GCUGCGCUCAGAGUCUGCCAGAACGGAUCUGCAGGCUGGUAAACCGACACCUGUCUUCCACCUUCAGCUCCUCUCUCCCGCCCGCUGUUUGCAUUUACUGGACCGCUUCCUCCCGGAUAUGAAGGACAAACACAGCCAGCAGGUGAAGGCUUCGGCUCCGGACCGGUUCGACAUGUCCAGCUUCGAGGUGUCGCUCCAGCAGCUCAACGACCUGCUGACGGACGACAGCGGCUUCUAUAGCUGGCCCACCAAACACUUCCACGAGGUCUAUCCACGGAUCUACGUGGGCAACGCAUUUGUGGCGACCAACGUGAUGCGCCUGAAGCGUCUGGGCAUCACCCACAUCCUGAACGCCGCGGAGGGAAACUCCUUCAUGCACGUCAACACCAAUGCCGAGUUCUACGCCGGCACUGGCAUCAUCUACCACGGCGUGCAGGCCAGCGACACCGACCACUUCGACAUCAGCGUUUUCUUCGAGGAGGGAGCCGACUUUAUCGAGAAGGCGCUGGCUUACAAAAAUGGAAAAGGUAAAAUCUACGUCCACUGCAGGGAAGGCUACAGCCGCUCGCCUACCUUAGUCAUCGCCUACCUGAUGCUUCGCCAGAACAUGGACGUCCACACGGCUCUGGCCAUGGUGAGACAGAAGAGAGAGAUCGGACCCAACGACGGCUUCCUUCGGCAGCUGUGUCGGCUGAACCAGAGGCUGGCCGCCGAGGGAAAGCUCUGGAACAAGUGAAGCAGACCAGAGUUUAAGAGAGAACACGAGUAUUCUUAAGUGCACAUCCCUUCCCUUCACUGGUUCUACAGCUUGAAUGAGCCUCAGAUCUGUGAGGGAAUGUUGUGGAAGUGAGGAAAGUGGGAACACGUCGUCUUUUAGGCUGAGGCUGACAGCACUGAGUGUAUCUACAUUACAAAAUAAUACACACUAUUAACACAUUCAUGCAGUAUUUUAAUUGUGCUCAAAUACACUUCUUAUUGUGUGCUGAACAUACAAUGUACUGUGUAAAAUCAGGUCCACCGUAUUCACUAAGUGUUUACAUGCUCUCACGUAAAUUCUGAAUGUUAGAUUUAUCUCUCUCAGAUCACAUUUUCCACAUUGUGUACAGUUUUAGUGUGUUUUCCUGCUGCUCACGAUUUCAGAGAACAAUAACCGAGUAUAAAGGGAAUGUAAAUAUGCAUAAAUACAAUCAUUGUGGGAAGUGGUGAAAAAAUAGUGAUGAUUUUCUCAUCCAGAUUCCAUUUCUUCAUCCUGGCAUUGGGCCUCACUCCUGCAAACACUGCCAAACGUCUCAGUCCCAGCUGCCCUCGAAGGGGGAUUUCGAGGGGACACUGUGAUUUUUCAUAUCGAAUCCGAUGAUUUUUAGGAUGAUAUUCAAAUAUUUUCUGUCUAAUCUAUCUUGUAUGUUUUAGGAGGCUACACAAUUUUUGACCUCACGUCUAGAAACCUGCCUCAGAAGUAUCUCUCAGUCAAAACCUGCGGUUAUUGUGCUUUAUAGAGGAAUUCUGUACUACUUAACAUUGCAAGUUGGCUCAAUUUUUACUGAUAAAAUUAGUCUAAUUUGAUGUUAUUAGGAAACAAGGAAUGGUUUUACCUUUUAGGAGAUGUAUUUAGCAUACGUGACUGGCAUCUAUCUACUGAUCUAAGAACAUGAAAAUGUCAAACUACUGCUUUAAUGUCAGCUUUGGGAGAUAUUGUGCACUCUUCCAUCUGAUUGUAAUCCAGCACUGCCAGAAUGUGACAUGUUUGCCAGGAACUUCUCAGUCGACACCUUUUUGCACAUUAGCGUGUUUACAUUUGUGUGUGUUUGUCAGAGUAUAUGCCGUUUUAUAUUGUCCAGCAGCAUGCUUUGUAAUAUGAGCCCAGGUGUUGUUUCUAGCCCUUUGUACCAGCAGCUGUGUGUUUCUGUGCGUAUCGACUGUGUGCGACGUUAAGUGUGCGUUUUUUCAUCACGAUGUGCAUUAUUGUGAACGUGGCUUGUGGAUCAUCAUGUGCUUUACCGAGUAGGAUGUGACUGGUCGUGACGCUGCUCCUAUGAAGUGCACUUUAUCUAAUGACACUGGUGAUUGUUGUAGCUGUUUUUUUCAGAUAUUCAGUAAUAAAUGAUGAAAAAGA